GCGACGUGGCCAAGUUUACAACAUAUGGCUGACCAUCGACAAGUGGCAGCUCAUCCUUGCGCCAAUGCCAAGCAUGCCCAUCACAGACAUCUACCACCACGAUGGAAGCGGCAGCAACGGCAAGGGAAACGACGUCAGCACGCAUGCUGCUGCUCCCGCCGGCCAUGCCGAUGGUGACGACGGCAGCGACAGCCUCGCAGCCGCAUUCACGAACCUACCCCCAGCUGGUGUAGCACCCGCUGCAGGCACCAGCAGCGCAGGCAACAGCAGCCAAUGCGACAAACAGCAACAACGUCAGCAAGAGCAGCUUCUCCAGAGCCUCAGAGCUGCAGCUGCUUCCUCGGCAGCGCACAGCGCCGCUACGCUGCAUGCGUUCAAUAAUAGCGCCCUGCCGGCCCAUCUGCGCGAUCACCUCUCUUCCCAGUUGCAUCACCAACAACACAGUCGGCACCAUCAUCUACCCCAUCACGAUGAUCAUUCUCUUCAUCAGCAGCAGCAUGCGCCGAUAACCCCACCUCCACCGCCUCCACCUGCCCCCGCUCCAGGGGCCGAUACAGAUGCAACAGGAACCCAUGACUUAGAGGCGGACACAACGGACCCGCAGGAUGCCAUCGCCGCUGCCGUCGCGGCAGCUGCAGCGACUGCGACAGCCAGCCGUCAUCACGGGCGUGACGAGGACGAAGGCAGCAUUCAUGAUGCUGAAACUGAUAACGGUGCCGUGCUGGGAUUGGAGGACAUGCAGGUUGUCGAAAGCGCAGAUGGCGCUGCCGGCGAGCAUCCACAUGCCGCUGUUUCUGCAGAACUUCCGCAGCAGGCGCAAGAGGGCGAGCCUCAACAGCAAGGCGUGGAAGGCAGCAAUGUCAGAGAAGCAGGCGACCCAGGCUCCCUUGUUCAAGGCCCUGGGCCAUACACUUUCCCUACCGACCUGUCCCAGUACGAGUACGGGGACACGGAGGAGCUCACAUCUUCCGUACAGAAUCUUGCCAAUCGACACGGCUUCCGCGUCACGAGGCAGAACAUGCGCCGAGCGACGUCGACCUCUAUUUCCAAGAACGCCGAUGGGAGCAGCAGCGGCAGUGCGAGGAAGAGACUGAGGUUGGAGGAUACCUUUAUCGGCGGCGUCGGAGAGCAGAGCUUCAUCAAUAUCCCCAACACCUCCGAGCACGAUGCUGAUUUCUCAAGCAUCAGCGUCCAUAUUCCGUCUGAUGCCGCGGGUCUUGCGACUUCGUCCUCCGCUCCCACGACGACCAACGGCGCCCCCGCCAGUGUGGAUCAUCACACGCUCGGUGACAGCGCAGUCGACAGCGCCGAUCCGGACAACGACCCUACGAACUGGGUGCGCGUCGUUUAUUUCGCAUGUUCGAAAGGCACGCGGCAGCGCGCGCGCAAGCCGCAGGGCGACGCGCAGGAGAUCAAGGCGCGCAAGAAGCGCUCCGGUGAGCCGGGCCAGGAGUGCCAUUGGCAGCUCAAGGCGGACCGGCGCUCGCCAGCCGAGCCGUUCCGCCUGACAAUGCUGCGCGCUGAGCACAACCAUGACGUGCGCGACGCGCUUGACGGCAGCGCACCGCAUCGCUUGCAGCGCCGCGACAAGGCGCGCGUUUGGGAGCUUUACUUUCGCGGCGGGUUCAAACCCAAGGAGAUCGCCGCGGCGCUAUCGGCGGACACGUACUACACGGUCGUCGCUCGCCAGAUCGAAGACUACGUGUACAACUGGAAGGCGCAGGCACCCGAGGCGGAAGUCGCUCGCGCCGGCGAGCAGCGCGCCGCGAGUGCCGAUCGCCUGCGCAAGGCGACAGACGAAAACAAGAACAAAGAUGAAUACGCACGCCGCCUGCGCGAGCACAUGCACGCGCUCGAAGACGAGGCCAGCGAGAUGAUGCAGCACGCCCUCAUCGUCGCCAAUCCAAAGAGCGGUGCCAGGUCCGUUGGCGCCAACCCGACGGGCCGCCUAGGCCGCCACUACAAGGGCAACACGCUCAGGCCACCUGGCAAGUUCGCCGCUGCCGACCAGGCGAGCGAUCAGGGCAGUACCCCUCCUAGUGCAAGUCGGGACGGAGGCGCUGAGAAUGCCGAGUCGGCAGGCCCCAAGGAUGAAGAGCCCGACGCCGAUGGCGGUGAACAUCAGCUGCAACAGCAGGACGGUGACGAGCAUAACACAGCAGCCGCAGUCGCAGCAGUGUCGACUUCUCCCGCACAAGCUUUACCACAGGCGAUCAUCAUCCCUGCUGCUGGUGCUAGCUCUGGCACCAAUGGCUCCGCUUCCGUCGCCGCCCGACAUCCCGGUACCACCAGCGGCGGUGCCAAAGCCUCUGGUAAGGGCACUGCGAAUGGGCGCGCAAUCACGAGUAACGCCCGCACAGACCAUAAGCAGCAGCAACAGCAGCAAAAUUCGGAGGCAGGCCCAACAGCAUCAUCGACCACAGCAGCAGGAACAACAACAGCCGGUACAGUGCAGACGCCGCCGCCGCCUGCCCCGGCAUUAACAGCCUCGCCGCGCGACAUGAGCAUCGCAGUCGAGAAUGCCAAACGCGCCUUCCGCGAGAGCCUCGUGCAGCAGGGCGUCGCGGCAGACAGCAUCACGGGCGACAUGCUCAGCGAGAUGCUCUUGCGCGGUCCCGCCGCCGUGGCCGUCGCUGCUGCCAUUGGCGGGGGAGCACAUAGUAGCGGCGGCGACGGGCAGGAUGGCGCCGCCGUCACUGCCGGAGAAACGGGCACGGGUGAGGGUGAUGGGGGCGAGCAAAUAGGUGCGCAUGCAAUUGGAAGUGCCGUAGACGCGCAGGGGCACGCGCAGCAGUCUGGAGCAGCACAAGACGACGCAGACAUGGACGACGAUCUGGGCGUCGAGUUCUGGACGACGCUCAACCAGGAUCUGCAAUCGGCUACGUAGGAAUGAGCCCGCGGCAAAGCACACUCUGCACUUGUACCUCUUCAGAUAGAACAGAUAUCCAAGAGAUGCGAUAUCCACAAGCUAACGUGCAGCCCGCGUUGGGCCGAUGCCAAUGCAGCACUAACAUGAGGCCCAGAAUGACAGAGAUUGGGGCCAGGGAAGCUUAGGAUGUAUGAUAUUAGUAACAUGGUUGAUGAUGGACA